AAUCUUUAUAAUUGACUACAGAACCUUAAUGUAAUGGUGGAUUGUUGCUGUUGUAUUUACACUGAAUUUGGUAUAUUGUUCAUCUACUCUAUUGUACAUUCAAAAUUUCUAUCGCACUGAACACAAAAAAUGAAUCUAAACUAACAAUUCUCUAUAUACACAAGUUGAUUCUACCAGUCAUAUAAUCAAUUGAAUCAAUAGCAAUGGAUGAUACAGAUAAACCUGAUCCAAUAUUAAAACAGGUUCCAUUAAUUAAGAAUCCCUCAUAUCAAACCCCAAAAUCAAUCACGUUAAAAACCAAUUAUGGUAAACUAAUACCGACAUUAUCCAAUACUGUGAUACCUCCUAAUAUCAAUAUCACUGAUGCUGAUAUCCAAAAAUGGGUUGAUGAACUUGAAUCGAUUAAAUCAAAGAUUGUUAGUAAUCCCGAAUCAGAGAAAUUUAAAGAAUGGAUAAGUUUACAAAAGAUUAAGGUUGCCCCUGGUUUUGAAUCAUUUGAAGGUGUAAUGCAACCAAGGAAGAAUGUAUCGUCUACAGUUACAAGUCCUAUACAGCAAAAUAGUGAACUUAUUGAUGAUAAGAAAGAUGGGGAACAAGAGGUUAAUGAAAUCGAUAAAUUAUUCGGCAAAGUCUUAUAGAAUCAAUCAAUCAGAAUUGUUCCUGUUUCAUCAAUUUUACACAUCUUAUUCAAUUGAAGGUAUUUUAGCUGGCUACGAAUCUCAAUUGUUUAAAAUUGUAUAUAAGAGAUAAAGCAUAAUUGGAACCUUCAGUUUCUGCUCUAAAUCGCGUUGAAAUAGAUUCUCUUUCAUCCACUUGUUGAUAUUUUGCCUUAACUUCACUAUAAUCUUAACAUUAGAUG